AUGCCUCGCCUCAAGCUACAGGACAAAGUUCCUGAAGUUAUUCAGAACGUGAAUGCUGAGCUCGAUGAAGACAUGAAGGCCUGCUUUCUGGCUGAAUCUCUCAGCAAGAGACAGUUCCAGCGAACAUGCAGAAAUUCCGCUGGCAUCAACUGCCCUGGUGUGAUGAGAGAGAUCUCAGCACAUGUCUCUUCAAUACACCCACUACCUCAGGAUGCUUUUCCCUGGAGCUUGACAAAACAUCUGAUCUCCGGACUCUUGAAAGUUCGACUAUAUACUCUCGAUAAUGGAGUUGCGGAAGGCAGAAAAUGUUUGAAAGGGUUGGAGUCCGCCGUUGAUAUUCAGAAAGUAAACGAGCCCUGGAUACUACCUGAAGUGCCGAGAGAACCCCCUGCCAUAGAGGAUAUCAUCAUGGAUCCCAAAUUCCUGUCCCACAUCGCUGAGAAAGAUAUCUUUCAGAUUGAGGAGGUAGAACAUUUUCGUGAGGACAUAAACCAGGCCACGAACUUUGGAGCUCUCACUGAUGAGGAGCUGAGUAUUUACACCAGUAAUGACUGGCUGAAGGCCAUUGAGGAACAGGAGGAACGAUUAAGAGCGGGUAAGCAGCUGAGGUGUAUUCAUCCUGGGACACCCAAGAGGAAAAAAGUUCCAUCACCAGAGGACAAUGGCUCUCCACCACUUGGGACACCCAGCAAACGUCCACGAAAGAACUUGGACGAUCAAUAUCCCGAGACAGCGAGAGCUGAGAAAACCACUGACAUCCCUGAUCUUGGCACAACUGAUGAUUUGGCUGUUCCAUUACCUGACGUAUCGAGUGACCCAAAGCUCCCAUGGAUGGAAUUCAAUGACAUACAGCUUCCACCAGAUCAGACAGGCCCAGGAGAAGUUCCAGCUCUACCAGCUCCUGCAGAACUUUCACCUGUCGCUUCACCACGUCCAAGAUCAAGAAUUCGACCACGACCCACCCAACUGGCUAAUAAUUACCUGAUGAAGCGUAUUGCUAACAUUCGUAUCGAUACAGUCCCCUUGGUGGAUCGUGUGAUCAAUCCAAGGAAAGUGCAGAAUGAUGUCUCAAUGUUAUUCAAACACCCAGCGACUUCCUGGUCAAGCAGACAGCGUACUCCCAUGGCAAGAGUACUAGCUCAAAAUUUUUCAAGACAUCUAAGGGUCAUUCCACGAGGAGAAAUUGAUGAUGCUUUCCAAGAAUUCUUGGAAUCACGGCAGGAAGAGGAGCAUGUUCCUGUAGAUCCAUCUGUACCAGAGGCACCUGCUUUCCCAGAGCCUCCUGUUGACGAUGUGCCAAUGGCAGAAAUUGUUGAGAACCAUGAGACUACGCGGGAAGCCUGUAAAGCUGUAGCUAGUAAAGACUUUGCGUUCAGGCAGUCAGAGAUCAGCAGCGGCAGCAAGAAAAGUCGAUCGACUGAUAAAACUAGUGAGCUAUGCUCUCAGCCCGUUGGCAUGACCAGGAGGGAGUUCCACGAGGCAUUGGAUGCCAAGUGGAAGGAGAUAAGGGACAACGAUAAGUUCACAGAACUCCCUGCUGUUGAUUUCGAUGAAGUUAUCAAUCCAAAAGAACGAACACGACUGGAUUACACUCAGGCGAUAUCUUAUGCUAUGGAUGCUAUGAUGAAGAAUGAGCUAAUUAUCAAGCAGGCUCAACCAUUUGGAGUUGUUUGGCUGUUACCAGUUCCUUCACGCUCUAUGUCAAGGCCGUAAAAAUCAGUCCUGAGACUGCAGGCGGUAGAGAACGAUAAAA